UCUGCUGCGCUCACUGCACUACUCGCGAGUUGCGACCUGCUGGAUUGAUUGCUGUAUGUAAAAUGUAUCACGUUCGCACCUGUUUGAUAAAAUUAUUAUAUGUGAUUUCUUAGAUCUUACGGUGGCGACCCACUACCGAAAUCGUCGGUUCGGUCGCACCAUUUAGGCACGGGCAGCGAGUAAUAUUGUCGACAUAUCUUUGCAGAGGCCACCAUCAAAGUAUACGCAAUAUUAUUAUAUUCUACUAGGCGGCCCACAAGUACACACAUAGUGUCGAGCGAAUGUUCAUGACACGAAUACAGAAAAACAAGAUAAGGGCACUGCCGCUGUCGAGCCGUUCUUCGAAUAUCGCGCCCAAGGAUAAGCAGUGAAGGCAGUUUAUUUGUCAAUCAAAUUGAAUAAAAGCUUUAACAUGAAUAGUUCUUCUGAUACCGGGUUUAAUCCGGCAUUCAAUAUUGCUACAAUUAAGCAAGUGUUCAAUGAAGCUGUUGAAAAAGUUCGAAUGCCUACGCCGAUGAGACUUAGGGACCUCAUACGACAAAUAAGAGCAGCACGAACAGCAGCGGAAGAAAGAGCGGUUAUCAAUAAAGAAUGCGCUGAUAUACGAACAUCGUUUCGUGAUGAAGACAGCGUUUGGAGAUGCCGAAACAUUGCUAAAUUGUUAUAUAUUCAUAUGCUAGGAUAUCCUGCACAUUUUGGUCAGUUAGAGUGUUUGAAAUUAAUUGCGUCCCCUAGGUUUACUGAUAAACGUAUCGGCUACUUGGGCGCUAUGUUAUUAUUGGAUGAACGACAAGACGUGCAUCUACUUAUCACAAAUUGCUUAAAAAAUGACUUGAAUAGUUGCACUCAAUUUGUUGUUGGUCUAGCGUUAUGUACUCUUGGUGCAAUCGCAUCCCCGGAAAUGGCUAGGGACCUUGCGACUGAAGUAGAAAGACUUAUGAAAUCGCCUAAUACCUAUAUCAGAAAAAAGGCAGCGUUAUGUGCAUAUCGCAUUGUGCUCAAAGUGCCGGAAUUAAUGGAAAUAUUUCUUCCAGCUACUAGAUCGAUGCUUUCAGAAAAAAAUCAUGGUGUACUUAUCACUGGCGUUACCUUAAUUACAGAAAUGUGUGAAAGAAGUAUUGAUACUUUACAACAUUUCAAAAAGGUUGUGCCAAAUCUAGUAAGGAUUUUAAAAAAUUUAAUAUUAGCUGGCUAUUCGCCCGAACAUGAUGUUUCCGGAGUGAGUGAUCCGUUUUUACAAGUAAAAAUAUUGAGGUUGCUAAAAAUACUUGGUCGUAAAGAUCCAGAAGCCUCUGAAACUAUGAACGAUGUGUUAGCACAAGUAGCUACCACUACGGAAACAAACAAAAAUGUGGGUAAUACCAUUCUAUACGAGACUGUGCUUUCAAUUAUGGACAUCAAAUCGGAAUCUGGCCUCCGAGUGCUUGCCAUCAAUAUUUUGGGGAGAUUUUUGUUGAACACUGAUAAAAAUAUACGAUAUGUCGCUUUGAAUACGCUGCUGAAAACAAUUCAUUUGGACAUCACGGCCGUGCAAAGACACAGAACUACUAUAAUAGAAUGUCUUCGACAAGAUCCAGAUGUCUCAAUAAGACGACGCGCUUUAGAACUUAGCAUAGCUCUAAUUAAUUCUCACAAUGUGUUAACAAUGACUAAAGAACUCUUAGCAUUUUUGGAGACGUCGGAACCGGAAUUUAAAGCUCUGUGUUCAUCUAGUAUAGUUAUGGCAGCUGAAAAAUAUGCACCGAACACUCGGUGGCACUUGGACACGCUAAUAAAAGUUCUUGUGGCUGCCGGUAACUACAUAAGAGAUGAUGUUGUGUCUAGUACAAUACAAUUAGUAUCUGAGUCGGGAGCUCAACACGGUGGGUAUAUGGCUUCAAAGUUGUGGGUAGAAUUAGAAAAGGAUACCAGUGAUAAACAGCCGUUAAUACAAGUAUCGACUUGGACCAUUGGUGAAUUUGGCGAUAUGUUAUUGCAACAAUCUGACGAUUUAGCUGUAAAAGUGUCUGAAGAAGACAUUCUGAGGGUUUAUCAUAAACUGAUGUGGAGUCCCCAAAAUAAUAUUGUCACCAAGCAAUAUACUUUAAAUUCUCUUAUGAAAUUGAGCACUCGCGUUAAAGUCAAUGUCGAUAAAGUGCAUGAAAUGGUUGCGUCAUUUACAACUCAUAUGCACACUGAUCUCCAACAACGUGGGAUUGAGUACAACCAGCUUUUUAACAGAUACGACAAAAUGCGGGAUGGGUUAUUGGAAAGAAUGCCCGCCAUGGAGUCAAACCGUACUCAACAAUCUCAGUGGAAUGAAACCAAUGAAAACAUUGCAUCUCCUAGUGAUUUAAUUAGUACCGACACAACCAACACCGAUACAAACGAUUCAAAUGCACUGCUGGUAUUGUUGGGAGGCGAAAACGGAGAUGCAGAUUUAGUUCCGAAUUCUUUAGUUCAAAAUUCUUCAAUAAAGCCCGAUACUCAAGAUUUAUUGGAUCUAUUGGGUGGAUUAGAUUUAAGCAAUCAACCAAUGCAACCGUUAAACAAUCUUUUACCCGAAAAUACUACCAAUGGGUCCAGCGUAAAUGCUAAUAGUUUACUUGAUUCAUUAAAUUUAGACGAUGGUCCCGUCAUAAGCAACAAUGUUAAAAAACCGGGAACUGUCACUGCCUACGACCAAAAUAGUCUACUGAUAACUAUAACAGUAGAAAGAGAUGUAUCAAACAUGGAUACAAAUAUGUUAAACAUGGCUGCAUACAACAAUGGACAAUUUACCAUAAAUGAGUUUUUAUUUCAAGCGGCUGUUCCAAAAACUUUCCAAUUACAAAUGUUACCACCAUCUGGAAAUUCAAUUGAACCUGGUUCCUUUUUGACGCAAGUCAUGCGAGUCUCUAAUGCGUCAAAAAAUCAGCUGAGAAUGAGAAUAAGAUUAUCAUAUACAUCUAAUGGUAUACUGGUGCAAGAUCAAACUGAAGUCAAUAACUUUCCAAAUCCACCUGAACUAUUUGGAACUUCCCCGUUAGAUCUAUGGUCUGAAAAUCAAUGACAAAAAAUAUUACUGGCAAUCAGCUAAAGUAAUUCCGACAGCUGUGGAUAAGUCGGUAAGUGUUCCCAACGUGAUAACUGUUUAGGUUUUGUCAAUUACUUGAGAAAAAUAUGUACCAACUGCUAAUUUUCAAAAUUGGGUUGACAUUAAAAUGAUAUGUACAGUAAUUAAGAGACUUAAUAACCUUUUUUUUUUUUUAUUGAACUUAAUAAAUGUAAUAUACUUAUUAUUUAGCUCACAGUAUUACAAAAAUGUGUUUUUGUAUGUGUCCGAAUAAUUUUUAAAAAUACCGGGUGAAUAUUAUUAAUAUAACAUAUUAUGUGAUAAUUUUUAACUGCACAUUUUCAUUUCUGUGGGUUGUAAAUCAAAAACCGGUUGUGAAAUUCUAAUUAUGUACCAACAUUGGUGACGUUUGCGAGCAAAUAGUAUUUCAGUUAAAGAUUAUUAUUAUUUUAUUAUUAUAAUUAUUUUUUUUUUUUUUAGUAAUGUCUAUGUCAUAUUUUUUGCAAUCCUAAUUGAUGCAACUUUUUUAUGUAUAAGAAUACAUAACUAUAAUAUAUAUUAUAUUAUAUGUAUUAAGC